AUGGCGCUACCGCACGCAGCCCGUUAUGACUGCAGCGACGGUUAUAGUUUCUCCUCCAACCCCAGAACACGGUCCCACAUACCAGCCCGUGCAGACUGGAACCCUGCGAGUGCAUUAGCAACGCCAUCACAGUCGCAAAACGUCCCUCAAGAAACGUUUGCCUUCUACAACGCCAUUCUGAAUACGGACGCUUCCCCCGGCGGCGGCACGAAUGAGCCUUUACGAUACGACGAUAGUUCUACACGCAACACAGAUGUCAUUGGGGCGCAGGAAGGUGAAGGUCAGCAAUGUGGAGUCCGUGCCAUUCCCUACCAUCUUGAUGUGCGCUUCGCAAACCGCUCCAAUGGGGCGCCUUUGUCUACUAUCAUCGAACAAGGCUCCUACUCUACGCUCAACUCUGGCGGAUCUCUACUCGGCGCCAGCCACUUACCGUCCAGCAGUUCAGCUGGAAUGCCCUCUCCUGGUGGCGCCGCGUACCGAGACUCUCGAAUUCUGGAUGGGAGUAAUGUCGAUCGAAGUCCAGAGAACACGCCACAGAAGUAUACAAUGGCCCAUGCGUCGGGCGCGUAUCGAAUACUAUCGGACAACGACCAGCAUCACCGAAUCAUAGAUACAACUACACCAAUUACAACUGCACAAGAACUGCCGCAGUCUCCAAAAAUGCAGAUUAGCGAACCCGAUACCCGAUACAGCGAUGUGAGACCCAGGGACGUUCUCCGCGGACUGUUGCAAAAUGUACGAGCGGCCUCGCGAACCCAGUCAAGGUCUUCCUCGUUGACGCAUACGCCCGUUGUCGGCAAGCGGGACAGCCGACCCGAAACGAAUGAUAGUAGCCCGCUCUGUCAAGUGCCAGGCGACUACCACGGACCGAAGCAAGCGGCAUGUCUAACAGGCGGCCAUACGUCAAAUGCAAUGCAAAGCUUGUUUUCGACCACGCCCCAUGCGCCCAUUCUAAGUUCUCGACCCACAAAUCGUAAGACAUCCUUGACAAGUCACUCAGUUGCGGCUGGAGAACCCACCUGUCAGCCUUCGAAGCAGCUUUCUCUGCCACCAUUCAAGCAUAUUCAUACUCCUGAGCCCAUUCCUCGAACUUUGGUGACGCCGGGUGUAUGGCCUUCGCGUGAUAGAGCCUCUUCUGUCCGCCUUGUGCCACCAGAACCACGCGAUGUGGCGUGUGUCACGGCUUCUGUGGGAGCCUCAACGUUUUCAGAGCGAUGUAACGACAUUAAUUCGACUCUAGACACGUUCUAUGGCGUUUCUGUACUCUCAGAAAGUGCCUCUUCGCUACACAAGCAUGAGUGUGCAAAGCAACCUAGCCAGAACACAAGUUUCUGCAGCACUUUAUCUACGUCCUACUCGGGAACAGUGUUGGGUGUGGACCUUGACCUUCAAUUCAAGACGCCUGGAUCAUUUACACCGCAAACGGCAGAGCUUGAACGCCAGGCAUCGUUUUCCGGGUCUCUGGACUCCAUUUAUGCAACUCCCAUGAAUCAUACGCGUCGCUCCAUCACAUCCUCUGCAUUGACAUCUUUGUUGCCUAUAGCUGCGGCGUCGGGCGUCGUACGAGCGAAUUUUGAUACUCCCAAGAUAUCAUUCUAUUCGCCAUCUGGUAAUCUCAUCCAGGCAGAAGGAAGUUCGUCUCCCGAGUUGAGCAAGUCAAUUACUAGCUCGCCAACAAGGCCAGCUCUGUACUACAAUGAAUCAAAAAGACUGUACGCCCACAAGACCUUGUCAGCGACCGCAUGCUCACCGCCAGCAAGACCUACCCUUGUACCACUGACUACCCUCCCAGCGAUCACUGCACCAGUUCCGUCGCAUCUGAUUCACCAUCACAACUACCGGCAUACAGAACAAUCCCGCAUCGACUCCUGUGAGUCUGUCAUCAAGCUUGCCCCUCCCGUGAAAGGCUGCGGCGGAGUUGUCCGACCGCGGAGCUCACCACCACAUGCCGGGAUCACACAUCCGCCCCACAAAACAACGACAUCCAAGUCUCAACACAGAUGUAAGAGUACGCAAUCACUUAUCCACGACCUCAGAAGCGAUGCUAGCUUCUACAAAUCCCGGUACAUUGCUCUAGCCUGCAGCCCGGUCCCGAGGCGAAAAGACAACAGGAGAACGCUGCACAAGCGACCUGUCACCAAGGGACCUGCAUCUGCACAGCGCCCCAAGCUCGAAUCAACACGUGCGGCUGCUACCGAACAAAAACGCCGGGCGGCACCGCGCCAGAAGUGUGUUCUGGGUCCCCGCGCUGGCCAUGUGCUGCGUGUUUGCUUCUGUCAGCCCUACGAUGGCGCGGGCACGUCUAGCAUGUUCGCCGGGCACAAAAAGAAAGAAGAUCUACAUGUCGAGCUCGAGGGCGGGGCCAGGCCUGUCAAUCACCAGACUGAGCGCAGAUCCAAGGCUUGCAGACCACAUGGUUCGAUCAGAGCACGUCAAGCGUCAACUGAGCCCAAGAGCGUGUCAAAGAACACACUCUACACACUAGCCUCGCACAUACCAACAGUGGAGAACAACCCAUCGUACCAUGCCGACAGCCCAUAUCCGACGACACAAGCAAAUAGCCCCACUGUCCACUAUCGCCAAACAUCCGCGUUUCCCGACCCAAAAAACAUGCUAUUCCUUCAAUUCUCCGAUGCGCUCGAUCAAACCUCGAUCCAAGAAGCUCGGCGCUACUUGCAGGAUCGGCCGAUCGUCAACCUCAAUUUUUGUGCGCGCGCUCGCACGCACGAGAGCCCUGGGGGUUUUUUUGUGUGA